AUGAAAUGGAAUCGAGCUCCAAAGCUGUCCGACCCCCGGAAGGAUGAGCUGUCUAGAUCUGAUUCUGACAGCUUUCGGAGUGUCAAUCUUCAGAUACCUGGUCUACUUGAAGUAACUUCCCCCUGGCGCUCGCUGACAUCCGAUACCUGGAUGUGGGAGAUUCUAGCGAUCAGCUUUAGUGGUAUAUGCUUCAUCGCGCUUUCUGUCGUCGUCUUCGUAUACGAUGAAAAGCCCUCGCCUUCGCUACCUCACGAUCUUACUCUCAAUACUGUCAUUUCCAUCCUAGCAACUGCUUCAAAGUCAUCCUUGAUUUUCGCCGUCGGUUCAUCUCUGGGUCAACUGAAAUGGAUCUGGUUCCUGAAAUCCGAUAAGCAUCUCCGGGAUAUGCAGUUAUUCGAUGAUGCCACCCGUGGCCCCUGGGGUUCUGCAAUCAUGUUGCUUCAACAUAAGGGGCUAUCUAUUGCGUCACUAGGAGCACUGAUCACCCUACUUGCCCUGGUCUUUGAGCCUUUUCUACAACUUGUCAUGACAUUUCCUCUAAGACAAGUGCCUGAUUUGUCUUCGUUUCCUUCAGCAAAACAGGUUCGUUCAAUGUAUGCAGUAUACAAUGACCAAGGUCCAAAUACGGCAUUUGAAGAUAUUCUGGGUGGCUUCUAUGAUGCUCAGAUGCAGGGCAUAUGGACUGAUGUCUAUGAGAGAGACUAUCUCACCUGUCCCUCAAGCAACUGUACCUGGCCAGCAUUUAAAUCAGUCGGUUACUGCAGUAAAUGUGAGGAUGUGACAUCCGAAGCCACCUUGGUGGGCUGCAACAACGUCCCCUACGAAUUUGAUGGACACGGGUUUCACUCCAACAUCACUGAGCGGUGGUCGAUAAACUGCACCGUCUCUCUCCCUCAUGGGUACUCACCUAAUACACGACUUCAACUUUUGCAGGACGGGGGGCUGUAUCAAAUGACUCUCCCUGGGAUAAUUGUGUGGCAGAUACACAAACUGCCGAAUCAAAUCUUGUUCACUGAUGGGCCUCCACUCAACACCACCUUUCUGGGAAUCGAGAACCCCUUACUGGUCAUUGGAUUUGCCGAACUAGAUAUAGUGACUACUGAUCAAGAUGCUGGCGGGAAAGCAGUAUUCCGUCCAGAGGAGAGUCUCAAAAUCAAAAAGGUGACGGAAUGCGUCCUCUCUCUAUGUUCGCGAACUCAUAAUUCCUCUUUCACGAACGGAGUACCACAAGUCGGUAUUUCCCCUCCGGAGUUUGGUCAAAUCUGGUAUAAAUACAUAUCGCGUAACUUUGAGGAGGGCCAGGCGUUCUACGACACUUGCUGGACCCAAUGGGGGGAGUACCCCAGCCUCAGACGCGUAUUGGCGGCCUCAAUGACUCGAGCUGGUUGA